CCCCCCCUCUCUCUCUUUCUCUCCUAUGCGCGUCCGUUCGCCAUGCGAGACAUGCCGCUUCAAGGAUUGCGAUAACAUGGCAUCGUUCGACGAGUCUGAUCAGAUCGCGCCGCGUUUAACAUAUGCCGCCGAUAAGCUCGAAUGGAUCCCGUUGUCUCUGACACUGGUGGAAUAUCCGCAAGGGGAUCUCUUCGGAAAGUUAUUAGCUGUGUUAAGUCUAGUGCCCUUUGCCAUUAUAGCUGGUUUUAUCACAUUAAUACUGUUUAGGAGAGAUUUACAUACUAUUGUAUUUUUUAGCGGAAUUAUUAUCAAUGAUUGUAUAAAUUUUGUAUUGAAACACACAAUCUGCGAAGCGAGGCCGAUGAAGAGAGAUGGCCUGUAUGCCGAAUAUGGUAUGCCAUCUACGCAUGCACAAUUUAUGUGGUUUUUUACUACAUACGCAACACUUUUUAUAUAUUUUAGGUUAAAUUACAACUGUACAAUAGUUGAGAGGUUUUGGCGGACAAUAGUAGCAGUAGGAUGCAUUAUCACAGCCAUAUUGAUAACUUACAGCAGAGUAUAUCUACUGUACCAUUCAAGUACCCAAGUAUUCUUUGGUGCAUUAAUUGGACUUUCAUUGGGAACAGCAUGGUUCAUAAUCGUCCAUAUGGUUUUAACGCCGUUCUUUCCUAUAGUGGUUUCGUGGCGAAUAUCGGAAUACCUGCUGUUGCGCGACACAACCUUAAUUCCUAAUGUCUUGUGGUUCGAAUACACGAGUAUUCGCACGGAAGCCCGAGCGCGGGCGCGAAAGCUAUCGGCAAUCGGCAGAUCGCACUGAUAAUGACUGCCCAGUGGGCUGAUAAUGGAUAAUAAAUGCUUUGAUAAAAAACAACUAAAAAGACAUUAAACAUUCCUUUGAUUGACAAAGUUUGAAAAGUAACUUGACAAUGUGUCUGGAAUAUCUGAAUCGAUUUUGUUAUCAGAAAAAAUGAUUGUCAUCAUUACCAUAUUUAGCAUUGUUAUUAUAUUAUGAUAAUUAUUAGUAUUAAUAUAAUAUUAAGAAUUUUUAUUGAAAGAAAUAGUCGCGCGAUCGAACGUGACGCAAGUUUACACGAUUCGCGACUGUUGCACAAGACAUUGCCGUAUAAAAAAGAAAUAAUAGUUGUUUAGUGUGCAUAGCUAUAUUAAAAGACAAUUAUGCAAAUGUUACCAAGGUUACUUGGUUCAAAGUUGAUCAAAUGCUAAUUUAUACAUUCCAAUUUUAAGCAUGAGUAUUCUGAACGAGUUAUAUUUUCUUUAUGUUUUGCUAUCGAAUAUUGUUCAACAGUACAUUUUGUACAGAUUCCUAAAGGGAUAUGUAUCCCGCACCUAGUUCUUCUUUUUAUGUGUUCCAGAUACUUAAUUAAGUUAAGAUCGAAAUAUUAACGAAGAAUUUCACGCGUCUAUAGUUAAUUCAGUUAAAUCAAGAUUAGAAAUUGAAAAUAAGCAACGAUUAGUCAACAGUGAGUAGCUGCAAAGAAAAGAAAUUUCUCGACAAUAUGUCUAGUUUACUUGGCGACUACAACAGAGAAUUAUUUAUCGCAAAGCUUUAUUGGCAGAUUUUAAACUUUUCUAGUAAUGUUUUGUGGAAACUUCUUCCAGAGUGUUCACCAAAGUCUCAUCUCCAAAUGUUCAUAUUCAGUAUAUGUUAAUAUACACUGUACGAGAUAUUUAUUUUCCAAAAAACAGUGAGAUUAAGACUAAUAUGAUAAUGCAUUUAAUUACAAGCAACCGUGGAAUGCAACAAAGAACGUUAUGAAAAGUACUGAAUAUAUAAAUGAAAUUAUUGAUAAAAAUCAAUAAAAUUGUAAUACAUACAAUGUAUCUCACACAUUGUAUGUAUCCUAAGUGUGUUGGUGCAAAUUCUUCCUUAUUUAUCGUUGAUUUAUUAUCAUGUUACUGCCUGAAGAUUAAAUAUUAUACCAAUCUA